AAAAGUUUAGAUAGCAUUGUAGUAGAUGUAAGGGUAUGUGAAGUAAAUAGUGUAAAAAUAAUUUCCGGUAUUCCACAAGCACCCACUAGAGGGCUCCGAUCAUUGUUGUAUGCUUGUAUCCUGGGCGUUGGUCUAAUGGCGAAAGUGCAUCACAAGUCAUUGUAAGUCCCAAGCGUGGGAUAUCUUUUGUUUUUCAACGAUUUAUUACGCUCAAAAAAUGACAAAGACACGAAGUACCGCUGCCAAAAUCGCUCUGCCUUUGUUUUUCGUUACUGUUGUGUGCAUAUCUAUUGCCUUUUCAACAACACAUUGGCUGGAAAACUGGUCAAAGUACUAUGGGGAUAAGUUUGAUAAAUUGGGAUUGUGGGUCCAUUGCUUUCGUUCCUUGCCCGAUCCACACGACGCUUUGCACUUGCGAUAUUUCACUGGUUGUCGAUGGGUUUUUAAUCCCUUCACUGCUGGAUAUGCUGAAAUGAGAGACUUUCUCAUGCCCCCAUUCUUCAUUGCCGUCCAGUUGUUUUUCACACUGUGCUUUAUGCUCAUGCUCGUAGGCAUAGCAGGCACAUUGAUGUAUGUAUUGUGUUUCACAUAUGAACAUCAAGUGAAACUUUUACGAGCCCUUGCGUGGGACCUGACCAUUGCAGCGUUUUGUGGGACAAUUGCUGUUAUCACUUUUGGAGCCCUAGGUGAUUCACGUGAUUGGAUGCCUGAUUUUGAGCACAAUUUCUUAUCAUGGUCUUUUGGGUUGGCCGUCGUCGGUACAUUUGGCCUUUAUCUCUCUGCCACUUUGUUUUUCAUCGAAGCUAAAGUUCAAGCAAAAAAGCACAGAGAUACUACAUCACAAGCGACUUUUUCUAUGGAGCAUAAAGUAUAAAAUUUUAACUUUAAAUCUGUUGUGCAUUCCGCCUUUUUGGUAACAAAAACCGUCCACUUCAUUCGUCCAGAGUGACAAGAUAUUGUCAUUUUUUCGUUAGAUUGUGUAACAUUAUACGAAUCUCAGUGCAGCUAUUGCACUUUUGACCGAUUUUUACUGUGUGACUAAAUACAAUUUUUGUAAGUUUGCCAA